GAAGCUGGAAAACAUCUGGCAACACUGUUUGUUUGCUAUCGCUUUUUUUUUAAGUGAAAAUUGGGUUUUAGAUAAAUGCAUCCAAAUUUAAAUAGACAAAUGUGAGAAAAGAAGCAAUAACCCUUUUAGAAGUUGAAAUAUCGCAUAAAAACGCGUGCAGGCGAAAUUCCUCGUGGAGGAGACACGUUAUUAUUGGCCUCCAAUGCAAGUCAAUGGACGGCCCAGAAGAGCUGCCACCUGCGGCACCGUCUCCAAAGCCCCGCAAACGUCUGAAGCAACAUUCCAACAGUAAUAACACCCCGAACGGCGAGGAAAAUGAGACUGUGAAACUGUUGGAGGAGAUGGCUAUGGAGGACGGUGAAGUGGACGGUGUUUCGCCAGCAUCGAAGCAGUAUCGGCGCAGUGCCCGUAAGAAAACUAUAAAAUUCGAUGUGCGCGAUUUGCUCAAGAAAAAUCGCAAAAACAACAAAGCACAAAUUAUUGAUGCAAUAUCAAAAACAGCCAACAAUUGUCCAAUAGGAGCGGUCGAUAAACAUGCAAUAACAACUGCUGGUAUCGAUGCGAUUGAUGAAUUGAAAUCGAUAACAUCUAUCAAUCUUCCAAUUGGGGCGAUCGAUGAACAUGCAAUUGAUCAAUUCUUAAUCGAGCUUCAGAGUGCGGGCAAGAAAGGUCAAUCCCUUCCACGCAAUGUAAAAGCCGGCAAACAGCCGCGGGUGCGGCUCAAGGAUGUAGCACUCAGUGAGAUUGGCAAAGCGGCAACGGCACGCUACAACAGCAAUAAUGUGGACUCGAAUUCGACGACAAGCUUCUUAGCGGAGGAUGCAGGAAAGACUUCAUGUUGCGAGCGCAUGCCAAGGCUGCGCGUAUUAAUCAAACGCAUGAGGCUUCCACUAAGCGAGGGAUGCAACGAAAAGCCACAACGGCAAAAGAAUAAAAAGGAGGAUGACAGGAAGGAGUCAAUUGAAUUGGAUAAUAAGUUAAACAAACCGAAAAUACAGCCAGAGACUGAUGCUAAUAUUGAUAGUGCUAAGACUAAGACUGAAAUGACAGUAGAUAGUAACGACGAUUCCAGUUCACAAGAACACCAACUAGCAGAGGAGCAAGCAACAGAAGCAAAGACAGUAGAGGCUCAACAAAUCCUAACCAAAAAUGACAAGCAACAGUUGGUGAUACAACAAAUGAAGUAUGAGGAUAAGUACUUAACAAAAAGACGUAGCAAACGCUUCAAUUUCGACAACUUGGAUAAGAAGCUGACACUGGAGGAGACCUUUGCCCAGAUUGCGGCAACGAGUACGCAAAGUAUUCAAAAGACUGAGCUACAGAAUUCAACGCUACAAAAAACCCACAACAAUGAUCUCUCGAUAAACGUGACCAAUAAUGAAGAUGAUGAUGAUGAUAGUAAUAAGAACGAAGUGUCUGAACAAACGAUUCAAUGGGACAAUGAACAAGACGACAAUAACGAAAGUGCAGAGCAUGUAAUUGAAAUGACAACAGCAUUACCUAAAGUUCCAAAGCCCAAUGAUGAGGAGGAGAAAGCGUGCCAGGAGGUGAAGGCGAUUGAGAUGAAGAUAGAGGCAAAGUGCACCGAAGCACUGAAGAUGAUAAAAAAUGCUGAUGUUCCUAUCACUUCAGCUCCUUGCAUUCCAGCGUUGGAGGCAGAAGAUGAUUCUCAGCAAGCAGCUGAAGAUUCUCAGCAAGCAACAGAUGAUUCUCUCGAAGCAGCAGGUGAUGCUCAGCAAGCAGCUGAAGAUUCUCAGGAAGCAACAGAUGAUUCUCUCGAAACAGCAGAUGAUGCUCAGCAAGUAGCAGGUGAUGCUCAGCAAGUAGCAGGUGAUGCUCAGCAAGCAGCAGAUGAUGCUCAUCAAGCAGCUGAAGAUUCUCAGGAAGCAACAGAUGAUACUCAUCAAGCAGCUGAAGAUAAUCAGGAAGCAACAGAUGAUUCUCUCGAAGCAGCAGAUGAUGCUCAGCAAGUAGCAGAUGAUGCUCAGCAAGUAGCAGAUGAUUCUCAGCAAGCAACAAAUGAUUCUCAGCAAGCACCAGAUGAUACUCAUCAAGCAGCUGAAGAUUCUCAGGAAGCAACAGAUGAUUCUCUCGAAGCAGCAGAUGAUGCUCAGCAAGUAGCAGAUGAUGCUCAGCAAGUAGCAGAUGAUGCACAGCAAGUAGCAGAUGAUUCUCAGCAAGCAACAAAUGAUUCUCUCGAAGCAGUAGAUGAUUCUCAACAAGCAGCAGAUGAUUCUCGUCAAGCAGCAGAUACUCAGCAAGUAACAUAUGAAUAUUCAGCACAAGAGCUGUCGACAGCAGAUGUCACGACAAUUACCAUUGCCACUGAGGAGCUGCCAUCGGUAGAGGCUACACUAAUUAAGCUGGAGCCAGCUGAGAGUAUUCUCACUGGUCUCCAGUCAAAAGAGGAAGAUGCCAGUCAAAAACCAGACAAGACGAAGAACAAUAUAGCUUUUAAAACUACAGAAAACGCAGAUAGCAUCAAAACUAAAUCCGACAAUCAAAAUAGCUGCAUAACAACGCCGACUCCUCCAGAGACGCCCACCCAGUUGCACAGCAAAUGCAAGGGCAGCAAGGUGAGGCGUUCAAAGGCACAGCGGAAAUGCAUAAAAGCAGAGAAAGAUGAGAGAAUCGGCGAUGAGACGCUGUCUGACUCGGAGGCUAAUGCCGGACUGCCCACGCCCACAACCGAGCUGGAUGCUGAGGAAUCAUCUAAGUUUGUGAAGCAGGUGAAAACAAAUGAGCUUGCGCAGCAUGUGGCCAACAUAGAGACGCCCGCCACAACACCAAUCAAUUCGCCGCAGGACAAUGACUCGCUGACCGACAGCUUAUUGGCGACAGGUGCUGUGCGACGCUCGCAUCGCAUCAAGCGCAAGAAACCAACGGUGCCGACUGUGCGCUUGAGCGGGGAAUCCUGUGAAGCGGCGCCAGCGCUUAGCAUGGCCGAACAGCUGGCACAGUUGGCGGAGAUGGAUGUCGUCAAUGCGAAGUUUAUGCGUGACGAGGGCUUGAGCACAUUUCAGUUGCUGCGCGACAAUUACUAUCGAUGUGCCCGGCAGGUGAGCGAGGAGAAUGCGGAGAUGCAAUGCGAUUGCGAGGAUGCGCUGCUGGAUGAUCAUCAAUGCUGUGGCAAUGGAUGCAUAAAUCGCAUGCUUAUGAUCGAGUGUGGACCACUCUGCUCUAAUGGACGUCGCUGUACCAACAAACGCUUUCAGCUCCAUCAAUGCUGGCCAUGUCGUGUCUUUCGCACCGAGAAAAAGGGUUGCGGCAUCACGGCGGAAUUGACCAUACCGCCCGGUGAAUUCAUCAUGGAGUAUGUGGGCGAGGUGAUCGAUAGCGAGGAGUUUGAGCGACGGCAGCAUUCGUAUUCGCUGGAUCGCAAUCGACAUUAUUACUUUAUGGCGCUGCGUGGCGAGGCGAUUAUCGAUGCCACCGCUAAGGGGAAUAUAUCGCGUUACAUUAAUCACAGCUGCGAUCCGAAUGCGGAGACGCAAAAGUGGACGGUGAAUGGUGAGCUGCGCAUUGGCUUCUUUAGCGUGAAACGGAUUGAGCCGGGCGAGGAGAUCACCUUUGAUUAUCAGUAUCAACGCUAUGGACGCGAUGCACAGCGCUGUUACUGUGAGGCGGACAAUUGUCGUGGCUGGAUUGGUGGCGAACCCGACACUGAGGCUGAUGAGGGCGAGCAGCUGAUCGAGGACGAGGAGCCAGAGCAGGAAGAUGAAGAGGAGCAGGAACAGGAGAGCGACAGUGUCGAGGAUAGGGAGAUAGACAAAGUGGCCCACAAUACAAAAUCAAAGUUGCUUUUGCUUUCCAAGAACAACAGCAGCAACAAGUUACGCUCGAAGCCAACGAAGCAAUUGCGCAAGUCGCGCAUCAAGCCGAAGGAUCGCGAAUACAAGUCCGGUCGCUGGCUGCGUCCGACGGCUGCCGUUGCCAUCGCAGCGAAGCAUCGAAAUGCCGAAGAUCCCGAUGUGCUCGAGCAGCUGUCGCUGUUGCGUCGCAGCGGCCUCAAGAACCAAGCGGACACUUUGCGCUUCUCGCGUUGCAUGGUGCGUGCCAAGCUGCAGCCGACGCGCCUCCAACUGCUACAGUUGCUCGCUGGCGGCGAGCUGCCAUGUCGUCGUCUCUUCCUCGACUACCACGGCCUGCGUUUGCUGUACGCCUGGAUCAGCGACAGUCAGCAUGGUCACGAUGCUCAGCUGCGUACAGCGCUGCUCGUUGCCCUCGAUGCAUUGCCCAUUUCCAAUCGCACCAUGUUGAAUGACAGUCGUGUCUAUCAGAGCGUGCAGUCGUGGAACAGCGAUGAUGGGAGUGACGCUGUUGCCAGCCAGCUCCUGGUCAAGUGGAGCGCUUUGCCGGAAAUCUUUCGCAUACCGAAACGCGAACGUAUCGAACAGAUGAAGGAGCAUGAACGUGCUGCCGAUGGCCAUGUGACCACAGCUCUGGAAGAUUCGCAUAGCAACAGCGCCGGCGCCUGUGCCACGUUCAGCAGUGAUCCCUAUCGUCAGGAUCGCUUUCGUCGUGACCAACAGCCCAACAGCAGUCGCUACGAUAAGCAGUCUAAGCCGUCGCCACGCCUCAGCAGCAACUCCAAUUCCAGCAAUGGCAUGAUCGAGGGAAACAACUUGGCUAAAUCGGAGGCCAGACGUCGCUGCGACCCAAGAAGCAGCUGCACCAUGUCCAAGGAGCUGCGACGUUCGCUCUUUGAACGCAAGGUGGCGAAAGAUGAGGCGCAAAAGCGGGAAUUCAAAGACGAGCGCCGUGAACAUGAGAUGCGUUGCGAGUUCUUUGGUGCCGAUCUCAACACAGAGCCCAAACAGUUGCCAUUCUAUCAGAACAUCGAGACCAGGCAGUGGUACAAUAGCCACGACGAACCGGUAGCCACUCCAAAACGCCUCGGAGAUGCCGUCAACAAUGAGGGUGAGGCGCUAGCAGGGGCGAACAAUGCGUCUACGAUGGAAUACAGACUGCCGCCUGAAGUGGAGCCACUGCCGCUGUCCUGGACUUGGAGUAUGACCCCCGAUGGAAGCAUCUACUACUAUCAUCUGCGGGAUCGUGUACCACAAUGGGAGCCACCAAAUGCCGAGCAGCGCAAACAAAGGCUGGUCGAGGAUGACGAGCUGCCGUCGACGACCACGACGACAACAACAACAACAAUGAACAAUAAGUCGAGCGUGGAUCAGGAGAGUGUGAAUGAUCGCGAUGCUUUGGUCGCUAUUGAUGACAAACUUGUGAGCAACAUGAAUGAACAGCAGCUGGCCAAUUAUAUCGAUAUAAAAACCAAGGAGCGCCAUCAAAUGCGCCUUGAGCGUCUCGUUAGGAUGCGUACGAUCAGCCCGGUGUCUGAGGUGGAACGUGUGCAUAGUCAGCCGGAGGCACACAAGUAUAAGGAGAACAAGGAGAUUAUACGACGUCACAAAGAAGACUAUCAUCGCCAUCACAAUGUUGUAGACAAUCAGCAGCCAUCCAAUAGCAAUAGAUAUGAGAAAGUCAGUGGCAAUUUGAAACCUCCGCAACUGUCGCUGAAUCCUCCCAUUUCCAGCAGCAAUGGCUUAAAGGAGUUGCCGGCAAAUGAGCAGCUCAAACUAAUCCCUCAGCUGAGCCUUGCCGAGCCGAGUCCCAGCUGCAGCAAAACUCUAACGCUGAGCACCAUCAGCAAGCUUCCCAUGCCCCCGCUUCCACAAGCCUGCUACGACCACGAUGGCAGCAUGAAGCGCAAGUUCCCCGAGAGCCAGCCAAAGCAUUGCGAUCGCGAUCGUGAAAAGAAACGCAGAGAGCCACUGAGCAGCACCGCCAGUGGACGUGAGGCGUGUGAAAAGUUUCGCUCUGCGAUCAGCGGUCUGGUAGCCGAGUAUCUCCGCCCCUUUCGCAAAGAAAGCUGCCAACUGGGACGCAUCACCAGUGAUGACGACUACAAAUAUCUCAUCAAACGCCUAAGCCAACAUAUAACCACCAAAGAGAUGCGCUGCUGCGACAGCACCGGGAAUCCGAUGAUAUACUCGGAUUCAGUUAAGUACAAGUCCUACGAAUUUAUUAAGCAAUACAUGCGCCAAAAGGGACGCAUUUACGAGAGGCCAGAGACUGAGCUAGACUAUUAAUUGCCAGCCUAAUAGUCUAGUAGUAAUCGAGUCUCAACACUGAACAUACUACGAGGACAGAUCAACAGCAGUAUAGUAUAUACAGUAUACAGCAAAAAAGCAGAAGAUUUAUCGCAUUAACUACCAAAAGAAUCAAAUUACAUUCAUUUUAAGACUUAGGUUUAGAUUUUAAGUGGGCUUUUUACCCACCAAAAUGGGUAUUGCAAUGUGAAUGGAAGCUUUGAGUUAAUUUAUCAUUUACUUUUAUUUUAU